AUGUCUGAUAGACUUACACAACUUCAAAUAUGUUUAGAUCAAUUAAUAGAACAAUUCAAUGCUACAAUUUAUUAUGUAAAUACAAAUUCUAAACCAGCUUUAUUAGAUGAAGAUGAUCCAACAUCUGUUUCAAAUAUAGCAGCUAAUGCACCAAUACCACAAUCUCAACAACAACAACAACAACAACAGCAGCAGCAGCAGCAACAACAACCACCACAACAAGAGAACGAAGCUCAACAGAAACAACUGCCAAACGACAAUAAAGAAGACUUACAAAAAGAAGGUUCAAAACCUCCACCAGAAAUAAGUGAAGAAGAUUUUGAAACAACAAUUGAUGAAUUAUCAACAGAUAUAAUUUUAAAAAGUAGACAAAUUAAUAUGUUAAUUGAUUCAUUACCUGGUAUAGGAGUAACUCCACAGGAACAAUUAAAAUUAAUAAAUGAAUUAAGUUUAGAAUUAAAAAAUAUAGAAAAACAAAGAAUUAAAAAAAUAAAAGAAAAAGAUGAAUUAUUAUUAAAAGUUGAUGGAUUGAUAGAGAGUUUAGCAACGGGUAUUUCACAAACUAGAAUUUGA